AUGCCCUACACACCAUCAGGCUUUUUCUGUGACCGGCUAAUCCGGGAAAGAGAGAGAAAGGAUGGAGAAGGAUCUGUGAAAAAACCUCUUCGAUUCAGUGGCCAGGACUUUAACACCCUGAAACAGAAUUGUCUUCAGAAAAAGGUGCUAUUUGAGGAUGACACCUUCCCAGCCACUGUGGAGUCCCUGGGUUACAAGGAACUGGGCCCCAAGUCCAACAAGGUCAAAAACAUUGUCUGGAAAAGACCCAAGGAUAUUUGUGAUAAUCCACAGUUCAUUGUUGGAGGUGCCAGCAGAACAGACAUCUGUCAGGGAGACUUGGGAGACUGCUGGUUGCUUGCUGCCAUUGCUUGUCUUACACUGAACGAUAAGUUACUGCAUCGGGUUGUUCCUCAAGAGCAGAGUUUUUCUGACAAUUAUGCAGGAAUCUUUCAUUUUCAGUUCUGGCGUUACGGUGACUGGGUGGAUGUUGUGGUUGAUGAUCGGAUCCCUACCAUCAAUAACCAGCUGGUGUUCACCAAGUCUGCUGAGAGGAAUGAGUUCUGGAGUGUUCUUUUUGAGAAAGCAUAUGCCAAGCUGCAUGGUUCUUAUGAGGCUCUGAAAGGUGGAAACACCGCUGAGGGGAUGGAAGACUUCACUGGAGGAGUAACUGAGUUCUAUGAACUGAAGGAGGCCCCCAAAGAGCUUUACAAAAUCAUGAAGAAGGCCUUGGCGCGAGGCUCCCUCAUGGGUUGCUCUAUUGAUGUCUUGGUCCCAGCCCACCUGGAGACUCGCACUGCAACUGGGCUAGUGAAAGGUCAUGCCUAUUCUGUAACUGCUGUGGACGAGUGUAAACAGAGCACACAAAAAGAAUCUCAUGUGCGUCUGGUGCGUCUCCGUAAUCCAUGGGGCCAAGUGGAGUGGAACGGACCUUGGAGUGAUAAUUCAAAGGAGUGGGCUACCAUCUCGAAGAAAGAGAAAGAAAAACUGCAUCAACAGAAUGCAGAAGAUGGAGAGUUUUGGAUGUCCUUUGCUGAUUUCAUGAAAAACUACACCAAGCUAGAAAUAUGCAACCUGACCCCUGAUGCACUAGAUAAUGAUAAACUCCACAAGUGGACGGUGUCUGUGAAUGAAGGCUGCUGGGUAAAAGGCUGCUCUGCUGGAGGCUGCAGGAAUUAUGUGGACACCUUUUGGACAAACCCACAGUAUCGUCUUCGUCUCCUUGAGGAGGAUGACGACCUAGACAACAGUGAGGCGGUCUGCUCCUUUGUGGUGGCUCUUAUGCAGAAAAAUAGAAGAAAAGAACGCAAAAUGGGUGCCAGUUUAUUCACUAUUGGAUUUUCUAUCUAUGAGGUGCCAAAGGAGAUGCAUGGUAACAAGCAGCACAUGCAGAAGGAAUUCUUCAUCCUGAACUCGACCAAGGCUCGCUGCAAGGCCUACAUUAACUUGCGGGAAGUGACUCAACGCUUCAGGCUGAGCCCUGGGGAGUAUAUCAUUGUGCCUUCCACCUAUGAGCCCCACCAGGAAGGCGAGUUUCUCCUCCGUGUCUUCUCUGAAAAGAAGAACCUCUCUGAUGACAUAGAGAACAGGAUCGAGGCUGACCAUCCAGUGCCGGCUCCGGCUUCAGCAGGGGAAGAGACUGAGGAGGACCAGCAGUUCCGCACAAUUUUUCAGCAGAUAGCUGGGAAUGUGAGUACUAGAGAGCCAGAGAGCACGGGGGUUGGGGGGACGACAAUGGAGAUCUCAGCCAAUGAGCUGAGAACUGUCCUGAACAGGGUGUUGGCUGAGCACAGGGACAUGAUGAAAGAGAGCUUCAGUCUAGAGAGCUGCCGUAGCAUGAUUGCCUUCAUGGAUAUGGAUGGAACAGGCAGACUUAAUCUACAAGAGUUUAGACAGUUGUGGAAUAAAAUCAAACAGUGGCAGGAAAUUUUUAAGCACUAUGACGCUGAGCAGACUGGCUUCAUCAGCAGCUAUGAGAUGAGGAAUGCAGUCAGUGAUGCUGGGUUCCAUCUCAACAACCCACUGUACAACGUUAUCACAAUGCGUUAUGCCAAUGAGAACAUGAACAUCGACUUUGACAGCUUUGUCAGCUGUCUUGUGCGUUUGGAGGGGAUGUUCAGAGCUUUCCAGGCCUUUGAUCAGGAUGGAGACGGCACCAUCAGGCUGUCUGUACUGGAGUGGCUCCAGUUGACUCUUUAUGCCUAAACACACUCAGGAUCCAGAUGAACUCAAAGAACAGGACCAGAACCACCAGCCUUUACCUCAAAUUCAGUGUGCCAAACCUCCGCCACUUCUCCCGUUGUAUUUUUAGCCUUGAUAUAGCACAACUGUUUACAAUCUUCACAGUUACGACUAAAC